AGGGAGGCUGGAAUGAGCUUUGCCCUGGGGUGUGGUUCUUCCUUGUCACUGAUUAACCAGGUGUGUAGAAAGGCUGCUUCACUGACAUCCUGCUCUGCCUGGAGACUGGUAUCUGGCCUAGCUUUGGUGAGGAGCAAAAAAUGUCCACCCGUUACCACCAAGCUGCUAGUGAUAGCUAUCUGGAACUUCUGAAAGAGGCUACCAAGAGAGAUCUGAAUCUUUCUGAUGAAGAUGGCAUGACUCCCACACUCCUGGCAGCCUACCAUGGGAACUUGGAAGCCCUAGAAAUAAUCUGCUGCAGAGGAGGGGAUCCUGAUAAAUGUGACAUCUGGGGAAAUACUCCUUUACAUUAUGCAGCCUCCAAUGGUCAUGCCCACUGCGUCUCAUUCUUGGUCAACUUUGGUGCCAACAUCUUUGCCCUGGACAAUGACUUACGGUCUCCACUGGAUGCCGCGGCCAGCAGAGAGCAGAGUGAAUGUGUCGCUCUCUUGGAUAAGGCUGCCACUGCCCAAAACAUCAUGAAUCCCAAGAAGGUCACCAGGCUGAAGGAGCAGGCUCAGAAGAAUGCCAGGAGGCAGAUCAAAGAGUGUGAGAGGCUCCAGGAGAAGCACCAAAAUAAGAUGGCUCGCACCUACAGCAAGGAAGAAUCUGGUACCCCUUCUUCUUCCAAGGGCACUUUCUCCGGGCCAUCCCUUUCAAAUGCUUCUGCUUCCAACAAAUUCGGGUCACUAUCUAAAGGCAUUAAAGACACCUUCAAGAUAAAGUUCAAGAAGAACAAAGAUACAGCAGAGCAGGUAGGGAAGGAGAGCAGAAGUGGGCAGAGGAAUGUGAUGGAAGUGUUCAGAGAGGAGGAGGAGGAGGAAGAUGCAUUCUCAGGGGACUUCAAAGAGAAGCUCCAGUUCUCAGCCAAGGAGGACAGCUCUGUGCAACAUGAAUCCAUUCUCAACCGUCCAGGUUUAGGAAAUGUUGUUUUUAGAAGGAAGAGAAUCUUGAGCCCUGAAGAAAUCUUAGACAGAAAGAGGGAGUUGGGGUUUAAAAUACCCAGUGAAUGGCUUCAGAGACAAGAAGCAGCUGAGGCUGAUGAAGAGGGAGAAGAAAACAACCAUGAAGAUGAUCUGCCUUGGGAUGAGGAUGAAGUGGAGUGGGAGGAAGACGUGGUUGAUGCUACUCCCCUGGAAGUGUUCUUACAGUCCCACCACCUGGAAGAAUUCCUUCCUAUUUUUAUAAGAGAGCAGAUUGAUCUGGAAGCUCUGUUGCUUUGCUCUGAUGAGGACCUUCAGAACAUACAAAUGCAGCUGGGUCCCAGGAAGAAAGUUCUUAAUGCCAUAAACAGAAGGAAGCAGGUACUACAACAGCCUGGGCAGUUGGUCGACACCAGCCUCUGAUGGAGUGUCGGGGCAUCAGUGUGAGUCUGCAGCAGUCGGGGGAUGCUGUGGCCCACUGGAAGCAUUCCAGGCAACACCCAAUCUCUACCCAAUACCAGACGACUGGGUUUCUAGGCUUUUGGAGAUGUCCACCUAAGAAAAGAGGCCCAAACUCUAUCCUGAAAAAUACUCAAUACCUGUCCAAAUAGAUCGUCAGGGAGAAACUCAAGGAGAUCUGCAAACAAGAAAAUGGCAUUUCUUUUCAAUUAUCCUUUUCGUAUUUUUAAAUAUAGAACUGGAUGACAGAGAAGGGAAAAUAUUUUCUUUACUUUCCUAACACUGGACUUAAAAUUUAUAAUCUCUCAUCACACUAGCUUCUGCUUAAUUUCUGAUCCUCAUAGUCUAGGGAUUCUAACUCCAGCUCUGUCCUUAGCUCUACGUCUUUGCCGGUUAGUGGAGACUAAAGUUCCUCCAUUGACUUGUGGCUUGAUGCCCAAUUUAAGUGUGUCUAACCCUUCAACAGAUGUUUACAUGUUUACAAGUAAUAGAAAUGGGUCUAAGGACAGAGACAGGAUGGAAGGUAGGGCAAGAGAAGGAAAAAAAUAGAAUGUAUGGGACCUUUUAUGGACUGCAUUUUUGUCCCUCCAAAAUUCAUAUGUGGAAACCCUGACCUCCCCACCAGUGUGACUGUGUUAAGGUUAAAUGAGGUGAGGCCCUAAUUCCAAAUAACCAUUGUCUUUUUAAGAGGUAGAGACACCCGGGAUGGGCAUGCACAAAGACUAGACCAUGUGAAGACAAAGCAAGAAGGCAAUCAUCUGUAAGCCAUGGAGGGAAGCCUCAGGAGAAACCAAACCUUCCAUCACCUUGAUCUUAGACUUCCAGCCUCCAGAGCUGUAAGAAAAUAAAUUUCUGUUGUUUAAA